AUGACAAGUGAUGAAGAUGAAAAGUUUCUAUAUGGCUCAGAUGAAGAAGCCGAAGUUUCUAAAAGCGUGACCGAGAAAAGGCCUGCCCCAGCUUCAGAUGCUGUGGAGAAAACUGUGCAGGUUAAGAAGGCUAAGGUCGAAGAUUUGAGCAGUAGCGAAGAGGAUAGCAGUGAAGAAGACGAAUCGGACGAGGAAUCAGACGUUGAGUUUAUUAUUGGCGUUGGAAACGACAGUGCGAAGCUAGAUUCAAAAGACAAGGUGUCUACGGCCCCUACCACUAAUGCUACUACUACUACUAUAUCUGCGUCAGCGCCGGUAAUUGAUGAAACGACGGGAGUUGGAAUAAACCGAACAGACUUAGACAAUAAGAUUGAAUCCACCUCGCAACAGGUCGUGCCCACUGCGAUUCCUGGGACAGAGAGGUAUCAUGCGAUAGAUUUGGAUGCGCCAGGCAAAUUAGGUGAUCAGGCCGUUACAGACAUAGAUCCAGAAGUUUUGAAGGAAAAGCCGUGGAGACAACCGGGAGCGAAUCUAAGCGAUUACUUUAAUUACGGGUUUAACGAGCAAACUUGGAUGGAAUAUUUGCAUCGUCAGGAAAAGCUACGCAACGAAUACAAUCCUCAAAAAUUACUAAUGGGAUUACUGGCGCUACAGCAGCAAGGUAAGCUAAAUGGCACAGCAGGUGACGGAAACGCCAUGAUGGAUAAAACCUCAAAUUCAAUGGCUCCUGCCGGUUUCACCAUGGGCAUGUCUCCUAUGUUCGGUGGAUUUCCGUUUCCUUUUCCCGGGAUGAUGAACAACAUGUCGCAGCAGAAGAAAUAA